AUGGCUGAAGGUGAACCAAUCCGUGUCGUAGUAACUGGCGCUGCUGGUCAGAUUGCAUAUUCAUUGAUAUCUAUGAUUGCCAAUGGAGAUGUAUUUGGAACAAAACAACCAGUAAUUUUACACCUCUUAGAUAUCCCUCCUGCAAUGGGAGUUCUUGAAGGAGUUUGCAUGGAAAUUGAUGAUCUUGCUUUACCCCUGGUCAAAGGCUACGUAAAAACAACUGAUCCAGAAGUAGCAUUUAAAGAUGUUGAUGCUGCUUUCUUGGUGGGUGCAAUGCCAAGAAGGGAAGGUAUGGAAAGAAAAGACUUGCUGUCAGCUAAUGUGAAAAUAUUCAAAGUACAAGGUGAAGCUUUGAACAAAUAUGCUAAGAAAGACGUCAAAGUUUUGGUUGUUGGAAAUCCAGCAAAUACCAAUGCUUUAAUAUGCUCUUUUUAUGCUCCUUCCAUACCUAAAGAAAACUUCACUGCUAUGACAAGACUUGAUCAAAACAGAGCCCAAUCAGCUAUUGCUAAACGUCUUGGACUAUGUGUAAGCAAUGUCAAGAAUGUAACAAUCUGGGGAAAUCAUUCAUCAACUCAAUUCCCAGAUGUUUUUAAUGCAUCAGUUACAUCGUCUGACAGCUCAAAAAGUGUAUAUGAUAGCAUAAAUGAUUCACAAUGGCUUGAAGGUGAUUUUAUUAAGACUAUUCAAACUAGAGGAGCUGCUGUGAUUCAAGCUAGAAAGAUGUCGUCGGCUAUGUCUGCUGCUAAAGCAGCUGUUGAUCAUAUGCGUGACUGGUGGUCUGGAACUGCUAGUGGUUCUUGGGUUUCAAUGGGAGUUAUCUCUGAUGGUUCAUAUGGUGUGCCAAAAGAUUUGAUUUAUUCUUUGCCAGUAUCCAUUUCAAAUAAGCAAUGGAAAAUCGUCCAGGGUUUGAAAAUAACAGACUUUGCAAAGAACAAAUUGGAUUUGACAGCUAAAGAACUACUUGAAGAAAAAGAAGAGGCUAUGGCUGUUUGUAAUGCUUGA